AUGCGUGUUCAAACGUUCACGCUGGAUGCGUUCAUAGAUAUGAGUCCGAGAAGGUUCUUCGAUCUGUACGAAACCCAAUUGCAAGCCUGCGUCUCGCGUCUGGUGUGGGCUUACCCCUGCCUUGCGGCCCGUCGGCCCGGCCUCCGACUUUCGGUUUCCCAUCCGAAGCUUUUCCACUUAAGUACCAUCAUAAGUGAAUACCGAGAAUCUCUGAACCAAACCCCCAUGAGCACUUUCGCGAAAGCAUCAUUCAACGCCGCUACAUACUCUGCAUGGCGCCCUACUUACCCUCCGCAACUUUUCGAAUACAUAUUUGCCUAUCAUCGGAGAGGAACUGGCUCACCGACUCAUGAGGCACGAUGGGAACGCGCUGUCGAUCUUGGGUGUGGAACAGGCCAAGCAACGCUCCAACUCCGACCAUUUCGCGAGGUUAUUGGAAUUGAUCCUUCUGGUGGGAUGCUGGAGACAGCCAGGGCGUCGCUUGCAAAGUCGAGCCUGGCUGCUGCUGCAACCAGAGAUACGAGCUUCACUUUCCUGGAGGGCUCGGCCGAAGAUCUGAGCAAGACGAUCCCGGAGAACGAGAACGUCGACCUUCUCAUCGCGGCCCAGGCUGCUCACUGGUUCGAUUGGAGCAAGGUCUGGCCAGAAACGCACCGUGUCCUUCGUCGUGGUGGCACCACAGCCUUUUGGGUCUACGCUGAAUUUCGACUUCCCCAGUUUCCUUCAUUAACUUCGAUAAUCACCGCUUAUGCUCAAGGAAAUGAUCCGCGCACGAGUCUAGGGCCUCAUUUCCAGCGUCCUGGGAGGACGAUCCUGGAACGUUAUCUCGUAGACGUUCCGGAACCUGAGGCAUUCGUGCCUUCUGGAGAGUUUACCCCACUGAAGCGCGUCUACUUCUUCGGAGACGAAAUACCAUCCUUCAUUCCUGAGGAUCGCACAUUCCAGCCCACGUUCCUGCGUAAAGAAAUGCGAUGGCGCGAUCUCUUGGGAUAUCUGCGGACGUGGAGUGCACUGCACAAUUAUCACGAGAAAUAUCCGGACGACCUCAAGGCCGAUGAAGACACCAGAUUCCUUAAAGAAGAUCUUGCCACUGGCGCAGAACCUUUCGACGACAUACGAGGUGGCGACAUCUCAAUUCGGUUCUGGAAGGACCUAAGAGAAGGCGUCAAUAACUCAGAGCCGACCGAGUUGGUGGGAAUAGAGGAUCAGGUUGUCGUCGAAUGGCCUGUGGCCUUGUUAUUGACGACGAAAAUGUAG